AUGACCCGCGAAGACCCUCUCGAUCCAUUGGACGCGUAUAUGGCGACAUUAGUGUCGCCUGCAAGUGAUCCAUCGACGAAGUCCAUGGCACAAGCACGAGCCGAGUGUGCGACUCGUUAUUCGACCGGACGUGGCAGUCACAGCCUCACUGUGGCAGCGAAAAACCGACGCUAUCAACGCCUGCAGCAGCUGCUGAAGGACACAUCGGAGGACCACUACUUUUCGGACGAUAUGAUGCAGCAGCGGAGUCCUGCGCUGUUCCACUUUUACUUGGGACAGUACGUGGGCAUUGGUGGAAGGACAAGGCCGGUAGCAGGUACCACGGAAUUGACAUUGUCCACUUUCUUGAUCGACACCCAUCAACGCAGCGAAAUGGAAGCUCGACGGGUGGCCGAGCAAGCUACUUGGGGACAGUUCUCUGCGCUCAACGAGAAACAGGAGCGCAAGCGACUGCAGAAAUUGUACGAAGCUGACAACAUUGAGGAGGAAGAAGAGGAAGAGGAAGAGGAGCAAGAGGAAAAGGAGCAAGAUUUCGAGCAGAUGGACGUUGCGAUAGCGGAUACUGUCGACGAACGACGCCAACAACUCGAAGAGAUCAUGAGCAUCCGAUUUCUCAAUGGCGCAGACAAAGAGUACGUAAAUUAUGCGGAGAUUGACGAGGACGAAAAUCUCGACGACUUUGUUGCAGUGCAACGCGAUGCAGAAGAUCGGUACUUUGCCGGCGGUACCUCCUGA